ACGUCACGAAUGAAGCUCGUGCUUCUAGCUGCAGCUGCUCUUCUUUUUAGCUCUGACGUUUAUUUGAAAGUUAAGUCGGACUUAGAGAAGUGCUUGUUUUUAUGGUUUUAGUUGUUGCUGCACCUCUGCGGUCUGCUCACAAACUGAAAGUUACUUGAGUCUGCGCCAAAACUGAGGCUUUUCCCCAAAAAAUGUAUCGAGGAUAUCUCUUCGCCUGCUGCUGCGUCUUUACCGCUAGUCAAGUUGCAGGAGAAAAUCUAAUAUAUGCUCUCCUGGGGAAGACGGCUUGCUUCAAUACGGACAUCAAAACUCCUCCAGAUAAGAUUCUGUGGACGCAUAAUAAAAACAAACUGGUGGAGUUCAACGGACACACGGAAGAAGUGUUUGGCUCUUUCAAAGACAGGAUCAGUAUGGACUGGCAUUCUGCUGAUCUGAAUAUUAGUACAGCCAGAUAUGAAGACAGCGGUCUCUAUGAAUUGGAAACAAACACUAAGACAGUACUUCAACGUGCCCAGUAUAAUUUAGAAGUCAUCGACAAAGUACCCAAACCUAACAUAUACUGUGAGAUGAUGAAAGGAAACGGCUCAGGUGAAUCGGGACACAAAGCCACCCUGAUGUGUUCUGCUGAACAGUCUCAGUCUUUGUUGACGUUUACCUGGAGCCCAAGUCUAAAUGGGCAGCUUGGCCCAAAGUUGAUAAUACCUCUUGGAGAUGAAAAUGACAAUGAAGAGUACAGCUGUACUGUGCACAACCCGCUCAGUGAGGAAUCUGCAAUAUUCAUUGCUAAGAAGUGCUAUUCUGAUGAAAACAUUUCAGUCCCAGUGAUUGUUGGCAUUUGUGUUGGCUGUGUAGUAGCACUGAUUUUGAUCAUAGUUGGGAUCCUCCUGUGUCGUAAAGGUGAGACGACAUACGACUUGGAAAAACAGAAACCGUGUGAAAUAACAGAAGGGGCAGGAAAUGGUGAUCUGGAAACGGCGGGUCUGUUGGACCGAGCGCCCACUCUGCCUUCAAAUCAGCGACUCAGUCAUUUAGUCCGAAACAAUAAAGGCUCUCAUCUCACUCAAGAUGCUCCAUAUAUGAACGAGCUGAGGAUGAGCAUUCACAAGCGACCAGGUGCAGAGAACAAAAACCAAGACCUCAGCACUUUGUCUUCUCCUUCACCUGAAAAACCUUCUCGAUCGCAGGAUCUUUCUGCAGAGGCCAAAGAUCAAACUGAUGGAGAAACUGUUGAAGUGAUUUUAGAGCUUGAGCCUGCAGACUCUGGGAAGAUAAACGAUGCAAUGUCCAAACAAGGAACCCUGCCCCUCGCUCCUGAACAGCCUCCUCACCAGGAUCCUGCAGAACCUGCUGAUGAAGACGAGCUUAGAGAAGCUGUGGAGAAGGUGUUACCUGGUGAGCUGGUUGACCACAGGGAAAAAAAAUAUCAUCCACUGAUGUUAAACAGCCCAGUUUUAGAAAAGAGUACAAAGAAAAGGGCUCCAAAUCCUCCCCCUGUGGCCAAAAAAACAGCCUCUGUUAACAAUGAAAAAACACAAGUGGAUGAAAACAAGCCCCCAGAGGAGACCAAAGACUUGCCUGAUCAGAAUUCAGGUGAGGAGGACAAGGUCACAGAGUCUGAAACUCCUCUCUCACCUUCACUUCUCCCUGAGACGAAGUCUCCUGUCCCUGAGUCUCCUGUCCCACAGUCUCCUGACCCACAGUCGUCUGACUCACAGCCGCCUGUCCCUGAAUUGUCUGACCCUAUGUCCCCUAUCUGUAAACCACCUGUCCCUCUACCUCGCUCAUGUUUGAACCCAACAUUUCCAAAGAAUGAACACAAAGAGGACCCCAGCCCAGAUCAAGUUGCCGGUAAACCUGAGACUCAGAACAGCAAAGAAUCCGGCUUGUUGGGUUCAGGAGAAGAGAGCGAAAGGCCCACCAUCAGUUCUGAAUCGACUGGUACAGUAACAACACACGAGCAACAGCCUCCAGUGACAGAAACUAACCAGAAAGAGGAAACCUUGCAAGAAAACAACAAACAGGGUCCUGGAGAGAACCCAAAACCAAAUGGCGAAGGAGACCAAGAAGGAAUAGAUCCUCAUUUCAACACCCUUAAGGAGCAUCAGAGCCUUGAAUCAUCAAAACCAGACAACAUUAAGGUUGAUACCUCUCCAGAGCCACCUGACGCUGCACAGGCAUCCCCAGAUGACAAAAACCAGGACAAGACCAGGCACAGCAGUCAUUCAGAGACCGGCCCAGAAACAGAAGAUAAAAGUGACACUGCUGAAGGUAAAAACAAAGAUCAGCCUUAACCCUGGAGACAAAAACAUGAAAUGAAAGCUUUAGUGAGAAGAAAAAGAAGAAGAAAAGUGAAACUGUUGAAUAGGCCUUUAUGCUUACAUGGUAACUGAAAAGAGAAAAGUGAAAAAGAAAGCAGAUAAUAGAGAUGAGUUCAAGGUAAACCUACAGAGGCGGAGAAUAAAAGGAUGUUGAGUUUCAGACUGAGACAKUCUAAAUGUCUAUUUUACACUAAGCUGAACACAUGGGUGGUCCAUCCAUCUUUGUGACCCAUCUUCCAUUUUUAAGAGAGGGAUUUUUUUUUUUCAUUUAGAAGAAUUCAGCAGCUUACAAUGCAGAAGGGUCGUACACAGUUUAUACGAUGCUCCAAGUUAAAUUCAGGACAUUUUUUUAUAGAUUUGACACUAAGGAUCACUUUGAUCCUCUGACUGUGAAGUUCUGCUUUCACAGUAAGUGUGUUUAUAUUGUAUCUAAAUAAAUGUUUUAUUAGUUUUUUGUUGUUUUAAAGAGUAGAGAGAGUGUAAAGUUCAAUAGGGUAUAAAAUUUGUAAUAAAUAAAAAAAAUAGUGAUUUAUCUAUUUGCCUAAACUAAUUUUAUAAAUGUUUAAAUUGUGACAUUUAACUAUAUGCUAUUUUGUAGCAUCAGCAAUACUAUUUUGGUAAUGAAUAAAAGAUUUGAAAGGGACAAUUAUCAUUUUUGAAAUGUUUUUUUUUUUUAAUGAUUACGAUGAAGUAAUAUCCUACUUACUGGUGAAUUUUUAUAAGUUAUUUUGAAUGUGAAGUCGUUCAAACAACACUAAUAUACUUUGGCUUCACUAAAGCUAGCCAUUAGCUCAUCAGUGUAUUCAGAUUCAGACCUUUUCUACAAACUGAGGUCAUUCAAAGAGCUAUCUAAAUCAGGUAAGAUAUUUUUUGUUAGUCUCCAAAUCGAACUUCACUUUAAACGAUUAAGGCUAUCUUUUUUUAAGCUACAAUUAUUCUAACACUGUUACGUUCACAUGAUUUGUUUGCAAUCACUUGAUACUAACUUCUAAUGGUUAAUUUUGUUUGUAAUUGAACUAAAAUGUCAUAUAAAGUGAGUUCAUCUGACACACAAAGAUGUACUGUUUUAUUAGUGUUAAAGUGCAGUUAUUUUUUAUGUUUUCAAGAUAUGAAUGAAAGUGUGUUCAUGUUUUUAACACUGCCAGCAUGUUGAAGAUACUGCAAAAACGUAUAUGUAAAUAAAUACUUGUAAUGUGGUGCUUAAUAAAUGAUGCUUAAUACUUUGA